ACAUUCUUCUCAUUUUCACAUCUAAUCAAGUAGAAGCUGGUUCAAUCUCACCUGCUAUCGUCAAUAAACAAAUCGAAUUAUCGUGGUAAGGUUUUUGCUUGUGUGUAUUUCUUUUCAAAAAAUAUUUUAAAAUGAGUUACAUACAGUGCCAGUUAUGGAUGGGAAGUCUGGAAUCUUAUAUGACGGAAAAUUUCAUUCUCGCCGCUUUCCGGAAGAUGGGAGAGGAUCCCCAAGCGGUUAAACUAAUGCGUAACAAAUACACUGGCGAACCGGCCGGAUAUUGUUUCGUAAGUUUCAAAACUGAUGAGGCCGCGAUUGACGCUAUGCACAAGCUCAAUGGCAAACCCAUUCCUGGCACAAACCCGCUUGUUCGUUUUCGCUUGAAUAGCGCCACUAAUAACCAAAACAAAGCCCUAAUGGCAGAUCGAGAGUUCAGUGUGUGGGUAGGCGAUCUUAGUUCCGAUGUGGAUGACUACAGCUUGUACCGGAUCUUUUCCGCCAAGUACACAUCGAUUAAAACUGCAAAGGUUAUCCUGGACAGUUCGGGCUUUUCUAAAGGUUAUGGCUUCGUAAAGUUUGGACUGGAAGAUGAACAAAAAAGUGCUUUGUAUGAAAUGAACGGAUUCAUUGGCCUGGGUAGUAAACCGCUCAAAAUCUGCAAUGCAGUUCCGAAACCCAAGUCUGAACUUAACGAUGCGCUGGGAAACGGAACUGGAAGCACCACUACCGCGGCAAGUCUGCUCGGCUAUGGAACAGCAGCAACGGACUACUCGCAAUAUUACGAUCCGUCCUCAUAUUGGCAAAAUUACAGUGCAUGGCAGGGAUACUAUGAUGCUGCCGGCACGACGGCAGACGCUUAUGCGGCCUAUCAAAUGCCAACCGCUCAAGCCGCUGUGGACUCUUCAACCGUAUACGCGCAACAACAGGCAGCUUACGAUCACCAUCAACACCACCACCAUCACGCACAGGUCGAAGACGAGGAACUUACGCUAGUUGACCACAAGUUCACCCUGGAUGUAGACAAAUUGAACCGGGAACUCAUGGAACGCGAUCGGAAUCUGUACGAUGCAUUGGAAAGUUCCAAGUGGAUGCCUGUGGAACAGUUGGAAGUAUUUUGAUUCUGCUGCGUUCAUUGAAAAUUCAUAAAAUAUAAACUGCUUUACAAUGUAAAAUCUGCCAUGGAA